AUGCCUCACAAACACAGAAGAAAGGAUGCUAAUGCCGAAGACUUCAACUUGCCCCCGACGGCCGUCGCAAAGGCUCUGCCUGUAGGAAAGAAUGCUCAGACUGUCUUCACAUCCGACGGCAAGAAGAAGAGGAAGACCGAGAAGAAUGUAUACAAAUUCGACGACACACCAAAGGCGUUCGCGCGCUUGAUGCAACGCCAGCAACCGAAAUCUACACCCGAUGAUGGCGAGUNNCCAAGACUGCUACCAAAAAGCGCAAGCGCCAGGAAGACAUUAAGGAAAAGGCCAAAGCAAAAACAANUGGAAAUGCCCAAGAUUCAACCAGGCGAAAAGAUCCGAGACUUCAAUGCUCGCGUAGACCAAAUGUUGCCAGUGACUGGUCUGGCGCGGAAGGGCAACCAAGGCUUAGCACCUGGCGAGAAGGUCACACGGACAANNAAAACUGAGAAGAGAAUGCACAAAAUGUAUGACGAGUGGAGAAAAGAGGAUCAGCGCAUCAAGGACAAGGCCGAGGAAGAACGAGAGAAGCGUGAGGAAGAGGAGGAGGAACGUAAUGCGUUAUACGGCGAAGACUCGAGCGUGCCCAUUCUGUCCGGCAAGAAGCGCCAAAGGAUGAUUGGCGAAUCGAAAGACGACGACGACAUUUGGGCUGUCCUCAAGACGAAACGAGACAAACCCAAAGGCCUCCAUGAUGUGGCACAGGCUCCUCCUGAGUUUACUGUCAUACCCAGGGAGAAAUUCAAGGUCAAGAACGGAGCUAGAGCAGAUGUGGCCGAUGUGCCGAAUGCUGCUGGUAGUUUGGCAAGGAGAGAAGAACUUGGCGCAGAGAGAAAGAACAUCAUCGAGCAAUACCGUGCUCUGAUGAGAAAGGCAUCUGGAGAGUAG